AAGCAAAUACCACCGGAGAGGAAAAUCCCACAAGAGCAACAUCUACAGGCAGAAAUCCGUCUGGGGGAAUUCAAGAUGCGGAUCGAUAAAUUGGAGCAGAGGCUCAAGGCCCACGUGAUUGGACAAGACGAAGCAAUCAACCAAGUCGGCCAGGCAAUUCGCCGGUCCCAAACCGGCGCCAGAAACCCGAACCGUCCCCUCGCGAGCUUCCUCUUCGACGGUGCUUCCGGCGUCGGGAAAACAAAGCUCGCCCAAGCCGUAGCCAUCGAAUUCUAUGGAUACCAAGGGGUCUCUAGCUCGUGUCGACAUGGGCGGGUUCAUGGCGGAAAAACAAUUUCUCUCCCUUUUCACCGGUCCAAUUAGUCGGAAUCGCGGCAAAGUCAUCCUGUUUUGCGGAAUCGAGAAAGCGCCUCCAGCCAUCGCCAGGUCGAUUCUCCAAAUCAUCGACUGUGGAGAGUUU